GAGAGCCAGAGAGCAGCUCAGACCUCAUGCAAUACCAAAACCAAAACCCUAUUGUUAGCAAGUCACUUUAAUGCUCACUUUUUGCAAAUGCACAGAGCGACGACAUUUUCUCUCUGCUGCUAAAGUGAGAAGGGAAGGUUUGCCGUUGACCCUGUUUGCUGCUGAAGAGCUCGACGAGGAGGAGAGAGUGUGCCUGUGCGUCAGUCUGCUGUUUACAGAGGAGUGUGAAGCUGCUGGAGCAUGUGGUUGCUGGUGGUCAUUGACCUCGUCACAUCCAUGCUGAUCAUAUAGGAAGAAGACAAAGAAACUUAAGGUUUUAUGGCUGUCUGAGUAACUGCAAUGACUCAGAAUACAUCUGGACUGUGGGGAGAGUCCCCGUCCAAAUUGUCUUCAGGUCUUCAAUGUGACCGCAACAUGACCAGCUGGAACCAGAGCAUGGAUAAGAUGUACACAUACUUCUACCUGAUUCUUUUCAUCCCGGGUCUGCUGCUCAACACCACCGCCCUCUGGGUCCUCUGCAGACACAUUAGUAAGAAGACCAAGGCAGUGAUCUUCAUGAUAAAUCUGGCAUUCGCAGACCUGGCUCAUAUUCUCUCCCUGCCUCUCAGGAUUUAUUAUUACUUCACACGCGUUUGGCCCUUUGGACGAGGCAUGUGCUUGUUCUGCUUCUACCUGAAAUACCUCAACAUGUAUGCAGCUAUAGUGUUUCUGGUGUGUAUCAGUGUGCAGAGAUGUAUCUUUCUGCUUAACCCGUUUGCUGCUCGCCGGUGGAGACGGCGCUAUGACCUUUUGAUCAGCAUCAUAGUGUGGUUGAUUGUCAGUUUGGCCUGCUCGCCUUUCAUUCUGAUGCGGACCAGCAGCAGCAACACCACCAGUCCUGCUAUCAGCACACAGACAGUCUAUGACAAGUACUCUUCUCUUGGCAUCACUCCUCAACAUCCAGUAGCUUACACAAAGAUGUAUGACCAACCUUUGAGUACAACACCCAACACAUCCAGUCCCAGCUCUCCCACAGAGGGCUGCUUCAAGGACUUGCCCAUGCGGCGUCUGUCCUUCUCUCUCUCUCUCACCAUGAUGGCUCUUGCUGAGCUCUUUGGUUUCCUGAUCCCUUUGGCCUGCAUCACUUAUAGCUCCCUCCGCAUUGCCCGGUCCCUCAACCAAAGACAUUCCCAGGAUCAGAAAUACUCGACCACACUCUCAGCACGCAGCCGUCUCAGUUCAGUCAUCUCCAACUGUCAGGCCGAUAAGUGUCAUGAAAAGCUGACGGACGGUGAGAAGCGUCGUGCUUUACGGAUGGUGCUGAGCUGCUCUGCCCUCUUCUUAUUCUGCUUCGCCCCCUACCACAUCAACUUCCUCCUCUACCUGAUGGUGUCACAGGACAUCGUGUCCCACUGUGCCACGCGGCUAGCUGUGCUUCAAUUCCACCCAGUGUCUCUUUGCCUGGCGAGCCUGAGCUGCUGCCUCAACCCCUUGCUGUAUUAUUUUCUAACAGCGGAGUUCAGAUCGCACCUCACCAGGCGAACCUCUUCCUUCACCUCCUCUCUGCUCUCCUCGCCCAUCAGCUCCAAGCUGCAGCGCCCUGCACAGCAAAGAAUGACGAGCAUGGAGAGUAGCUGCUCAGACAGGGAGUAGUGGGCAAGUGACGGCCAAUUGUCUCCGAUGUCUUCUGAUUCAAGCGGUACAAUGUGAUGUCACGUCACAGCUGUGUGAAUAAAAACUGACCCGAGGGGGGCUUGAGUACAACCUAAAGAAUCUCUGAGAAGACAUGUGUUUUGAAAAAAUGAAUUCUCCAGUCAGGGGCUGAACACUCAAUAUCUACAUGGAUAUCAUCAUUCAUAGAUGCCAAAUGUAAAUAAGCUAACGCCUGUUGUUUAUCUUCAGUAACAAUGUAACAUAUUAGAAUAAGCUAUGUCAUUAAUGUCCAACCUGCAUGUUGAUGCAUCUUAAUUUUACUGUAUAUUAAUAAAAGUCUGUGCCUUUUGUUUUA